AUGUUUUUGAGUGAUGUAACCAGGAUAAAUACAAGGAGUGAUUUUGCAAAGUGGACAGUGAUGGAGUAUAUGAGCACGGGUAGUGAUAGCAAAGAAGAGAUUGACUUGUUGCUAACUAAUUUAAAUAUGUCUGAGGUGAUAGACAUCAUGGAAGACCUUUAUCCAGGUGGAGAACUUGCAGUCUAUGAAGACAGCCUAAUUACAAUGUGUGAAGAGGGAAAUCAGAAUGAAGAACGUGCAGAAUCUUUACUGUUUUGUGAAAGGGAAGUUUCUUUGAUGUCUUCUGUCAAAUAUGGGACUGUGGAAGAUCUGCUUGCUUUUGCAAAUCAGGUGUCUAACACUGCAAAACAGUUUAAAGGAUGCAGACAGCAGGAAUCAGGAAUCCUCCUGAACGUGAUCACACCCAAGAAUGGACGCUAUCAAAUUGACUCAGAUGUGCUGCUGUUUCCUUGGAAGCUGACUUACAGGAACAUUGGCUCUGAUUUUAUUCCUCGGGGAGCUUUUGGGAAAGUCUAUUUGGCCCAAGAUAGAGAAACCAAGAAACGAAUGGCAUGCAAACUGGUCCCAGUGGAACAGUUCAAACCUUCAGAUGUUGAAAUACAGGCAUGUUUCCGUCACGAAAACAUUGCUGAAUUAUAUGGUGCUAUUUUAUGGGAUGAGACAAUCCAUCUCUUUAUGGAAGCUGGAGAGGGAGGAUCUGUCAUGGAGAAGCUGGAGAGUUGCGGUCCUAUGAGGGAAUUUGAGAUCAUUUGGGUGACAAAGCACGUUCUGAAAGGACUUGACUUUCUUCACUCCAAGAGGAUUAUCCACCACGAUAUCAAACCAAGCAAUAUUGUCUUUAUGUCAACUAAGGCUGUUUUGGUAGAUUUUGGCCUAAGUGUUCAAAUGACUGAAGACAUUUACUAUCCCAAAGACCUUAGAGGAACAGAGAUUUACAUGAGCCCUGAAGUUAUUCUCUGCAGAGGCCACACAACAAAAGCAGACAUCUACAGCAUGGGAGCUACUAUUAUUCACAUGCAAACUGGCAUCCCACCCUGGGUGAACAGAUACCCUCGUUCUGCAUACCCCUCCUACCUCUAUAUUAUCCACAAGCAAGCUCCCCCCUUAGAGGACAUUGCUGAAGACUGCAGCACUUCCAUGAGAGAGCUGCUAGAAGCAGCUCUAGAAAGGAAUCCUAAUCAUAGACUGUCUGCAGCAGAUUUACUGAAACAUGAAGCCUUACACCCACCCCCAGAAGAGCAGCCACGGUGCCAGAGCCUGGACUCAGCACUGUUUGAGAGGAAGAGACUGCUGGCAAGGAAGGAGCUGCAGCUGCCAGAAAACAUUGCAGAUUCCUCAUUGUGUACUGGGAGCAUGGAAGAGUCAGACCUGCUAAAGAGACAAAGAUCCCUCUACAUAGAUCUUGGAGCUCUAGCUGGUUACUUCAAUAUUGUUAGGGGACCACCGGCCUUAGAAUACGACUGA